AUGAGUUCAAGCGAUACCACUCCCUACAUCGGUAGUAAAAUUAGCCUCAUUUCCAAGGCACAAAUUCGUUAUGAAGGCACUUUAUCUGCCAUUGACACCAAUGAAUCUACCGUUCAUUUAUCCGACGUCAAGUCAUUUGGUACCGAAAAUAGGGACCGUAAUCGCCCUAUUCCACCACAAAGUCAAGUUUAUCCUUACGUUAUAUUCAAUGGCGCUGAAAUUGAAGAUUUGCAAGUUUGUGAGCCUCCACGUAGUACCGCUGCAGAAGUAACUGCACCUUAUAGCGAUCCUGCUAUUGUAUCGUCGUCGAAAAUGAUGAACAUGAAUAUGGAUCCACGACCGCUUGCUCCUCCACCGAUGAUGCCUUCUACUGCUGCAGUUAACUAUAACUCAUUUGGAAUGUACUCUGGUAGUUCAUCGAUGAUGCAAGCACCAGGAUACAUGCCCGGACCAAGUAGGAAUAUCCCUGCUACAACACAGCCUACCUUUAAUCCUAUUAUUAGUAUGCCAUCAACAGCAAUGGUCACCCCGGCUGCAAUAACCUCAUCGACUAAUACUAAUUCGCCUUCUGCUAGCAAAACGACACUCAAGACACCAAAUGUAAUUGCCAGCACUUCCCCCCAAGAAUCAACUACGGAUAAUAAGGCCGUAGACACCGUUUCCAAUAAUAAAUCAUCUAAAAUCAACGAAGAAUCGAAGCAACCGGAAACACCACAGAAUGAGAAAGAAAAUGAAUUAAAACAACCAGAAGAGGAAAAAACUACAGAGGAAGAAGAAAAACGUGAAGAUUCCAACAAAGACAGUAAAACUGCCAGGACAUAUCAACAUCAAAAUUAUAAUCGAAGGCAAUUUUCCGGUCGGAGAGCUAGAAGCAACUAUCAUAAUAAUUACAAUCGAUCACGACAAGGUCCUUCCAACAAUAAACCGCUAAAAUUUGAUGAAGACUUUGACUUUGAAAAAGCUAACGCGCGUUUUGAAAAAGAACGCUUAGAGCAAGAGUUAAGCGAAAAAAUGAACGAAGAAUUGAACAUCACAGACGGAAAUGAGAGCACAGUCAGCACAAGUUCAGCAAAUAAUCAAAAAUUUUAUAAUAAAUCCACGUCAUUUUUCGAUAGCAUAUCAUGCGAAGCAAAUACCAAGAAGCCAUCAUGGAAAAAUUCCAAUAAGAGUGUAAAUAUGGAAACUUUCGGCGUCGGUAGCGUAAAUUCCGGAAGAUAUAAUAGAGGAAGAGGAAGAGGACGAGGCCGAGGCCGAGGUGGAUAUGUUCGUGGUCGUGGCAACAACUAUAACAACAGAGGAAGAUAUCAGUACAAACGUUCUAACGAUAAUAAUUAUAACUCUAACAGUAAUCCCAAAAAUACAACUAAUAAGAAAAAUGACAAAGAAUCCUAA